CCCCGGCGCAGGCGCGAGGGCAGGCGCGGCGCCUCUGUCGGGUCGGUUCCCGAGGCAACAGCGCCCAACAGGUCCUGCCCAGCAGAGCCUGUGCCGUCUCCUGAGCCAGAGUCCCCCGCCGCCAUGUGCGCCGCCGAGGUGGACCACCACGUAGCCCGGAGAUACCUGCUCAAGCGGCGGCUCGGGAAGGGGGCCUACGGCAUUGUGUGGAAGGCAGUGGACCGGAGGACUGGUGAGGUUGUUGCCAUCAAGAAAAUCUUUGAUGCCUUUAGAGAUAAGACAGAUGCCCAGAGAACGUUCCGGGAAAUCACACUCCUCCAGGAGUUUGGGGACCAUCCCAACAUCAUCCGCCUCCUUGACCUGAUGCGGGCAGAGAAUGACAGGGAUAUCUACCUGGUGUUGGAGUCUAUGGACACUGACCUGGAUGCCGUCAUCAGGAAGGGCGGGCUGCUGAGGGACGUCCACAAGCGCUACAUCUUCUACCAGCUCCUGCGGGCCACCAAGUUCAUCCACUCAGGGCGAGUCAUCCACCGGGACCUGAAGCCGUCCAAUGUCCUCUUGGAUGCCAACUGUGUGGUGAAGCUCUGUGACUUUGGCCUGGCCCGCUCUCUGAGCAACUUCCCUGAGGGGCCUGAGGGCCAGGCCCUGACCCAGUAUGUGGCGACACGCUGGUACCGAGCUCCGGAGGUGCUACUGUCCUCAAGCUGGUACACCCCCGGGGUGGACAUGUGGAGUCUGGGCUGCAUCCUGGGGGAGAUGCUUCGAGGGCGGCCCCUGUUCCAGGGCGCGUCCACGCUCCACCAGCUGGAGCUGAUCCUGGAGACCAUCCCGCCUCCAUCCGAGGGGGGUGAGCAUGUGUGCAGGCGUGCAGACCUCCUGGCCCUCGGCUCAGGCUACAGCUCCUCCAUUCUGCACGGCCUGGGGUCCCGGUCACAACAGACGCUAGACACCAUCCUGCCACCAGACACACCCCCAGAGGCCCUGGACCUCCUCAGGCUACUCCUGGUGUUUGCCCCUGACAAGCGGCUCAGCGCUGCCCAGGCACUGCAGCACCCCUACGUGCAGAGGUUCCACUGCCCUGGCCAAGAGAGGACUCAGGAGGCGGAUGUGCAGCUCCCAGUGCACGAAGGAGUCCAGCUCUCUGCGUCUGAGUAUCGCAACCGCCUCUAUCAGAUGAUCUUGGAGCGGAGAGGCAACAGCCACGUCCGGAAAGAGGAGGGCUUGGGGGUCGCCCCUCUACGAACAAAGCCAAGGCCCUCUGGGACCCAGGUGCACCUGCUCAAGCCCAGAACCGGCACCCAGCAUCUCUCAAGGGCACCUGCACAAAACCCCAGACUCAGGCCUCAGAAUAGCCCCAGUCCUGAUCUGGAGCAUGAUUCCCCCAGUGCAGCAAGGGACAUUUCCAGGCAGAACUUGGCCCCCCUGCCCCAACCUGCACCCCCUGGGACAGAGGCAGAGUCCCCCUCAGCACCCUCUCGGGUGAAGCCCAACAUGAGAGGGGUGGUGCCUUCCCUGACCUGGCAGGCUGCGGCCCAAGUAGCCAACCAAGCCUUGAUCCGCAGUGACUGGACCCAGCCCUGUGGGGUGAGGGCGGCUGGCGUGCCACUGGUCCCUCCACGGCUGCCCUCAGAGCCCCGGCCUGGCCGGAGGAUGUUCAGCUCCUCUGCCUUGCAGGAGGCCCAGGGGGCUGCCCGGGCCACACUCGGCGGCUACUCCCAAGCCUAUGGUACCAUCUGCCACUCAGCACUGGGCCGUCUGCCUCUGCUCCCAGGACCACACGCGUGAGCUGCUCUACCUGCCUUGGCCCCAGCCGCCUGAGUCCCCUCCCUCUCUGCAUGGCCACAUUCAAGUUUGGGGAGAUUUGGCCUCUUUAGGGAAGAUGAGGACCCCACCCGUCCCAAUGACUUCCUCCAAUAAAGGCUGUCUGUCCCCCACCUAACCAUCCAUUUUUCAUCCACCCCCUUCUGAGGGGCUUCCUCUAAAGCCACAUCACCUCCACCCCUUUCCUGGAGCCCAUCCUUGUCUGAGGACCCUGCCACCCCUGAGCCCAGUGGGAAGAUGCAGUGGCUACUGUCUGCUAUCACCCUGUGGCUCCUGCCACGCGCCGCCUCACGGGCACCUAGCACAGGGCUUUUCUCCAGGCUCACGCCACCUAAGGCCAGCCUGUGGGAGCACCUUAGCUCCAGCUUCCUGUCCUCUGUCCAUAGUGCCUUGCUGCCUGCACCAUCAGACACCAGCCUGGGGCUGCUACAGGGUCCAGGCUGUACCUCGGGUGGGCCUGCCAUUGCCUGGGUACAAGCCACCACAGAACCAUGCUUACCACCCUAGACUAGAGUCCUGCUCCUCCCCUAGCCCCCAAAUGUCCCCUGCCCUUUCUCCAAAGUUGGUGGCCACAGCCUAUGUCCUGCCAUCACAGUGACUGCACCUGGCUUGUCUCCAGGUCUUAGUAGGGGAGGGCGGGGGAUGAGGUAUCUUGUUGGGCUUAAGACUACCUCCUCUGGUUCCCCACCAGGCAAAGGACCUGGUGUGAGUUCAGGCCAGGGGUAUGGUGGGCUAAAGAGAUGAAAGGGGCCCAGUGGACACAAAGCUGUGUCCCAUGGUACCAUGGGUGCCCUGAACCGCAUCUGACCCUGGGCUUAGGCCAGAACACAGCAGGGCCACAUCCCAGCUGCCUGGCAGUAGAGCUCGAAGUCUAACAGGUACAAGUGCUGCUGUAGGGGUGGGGCUGCCAGGAGCAGGGAGUCCUGGUCUGUGACAAAAGCCACUGGCCACGCUGGGGAAGCCAGAGGACAAUGUGUGGGCAGUGGGAGCUGAGCAGAAGGUGGGAGCUUGCACCACAAUGUGCUGGGUCCAGACUGGGUGACCAAGAGAGAUUUGGGAAGCAGAGAGAACUGGGCUUGGGGACGAUUCAGAGGAGGCAGAGGGAGGAGAGGGAGGGGCCAAAGGUGAGCCACAGGUGGGGCCAAGGAGGUUGUUCCUGAUGGGCAGCCGAGGAGGUUGAGCUUCCAGAGCCUGAGGCAUCACCCCAUGAUGACUGAUAAGCAGGACAGAAGAGGCCAGGGAGGGACUCAGGCUGGACAGGAGCUGCAGGAUGAGGCUGGGAUGGGCCAGCCGGACUUGGUGUGCACAGGCCCCAGGUGAGUGCCCACACUGAGGGCUGAGCAUUGUGGGGAGGGGCACAGCCACGCAGCAGGCAGGGGCAGGAAGCAGGAGAUGCUGGGGGAGGAGCUCGAAGGACACAUGCGGAGGGGUCUCUACUGCUCCCACAGGGAUGGGCGGUGGUGUCCACAAGGGAAAUUGGGAAGGUCACCAAUUUAGCUGAAGGUUAAAGCCUGUAACAUAUAACUAAGUGAUUAUAUAUAUUUGGAAUACAUUG